AUGUGCGCAAAUGGAGGAGUUCCAAAUCCCAGAGAAUGCGAUGUAUGCAUUUGCCCAUACGGCUACGGCGGCAAGUUCUGUGAUGAACGGCCGGCUGGAUGUGGCAAAAAACUCAAGGCAUUUUCCUUUUGGAAGAGCGAGACAUUCUCGUUUGAGGAUACCUCCGUGGCUAGCGAUCACAAUCGCAGAAUGUGCAAUCACUGGAUAGAGGCACCAUUGGGUAAAAGGAUCGUGAUUCGGGUGACUAGAUUGCCGACCGACGAAUGCUAUUACGGCUGCAUUGUGAGUGGUAUUGAGCCAAAGAUUUCAGAAGAUAGUAAAAUCACAAAUCCAAGAUACUGUUGUAAAGAACAGCUCAACAAAGCCCGAGAACAAAUCAGCGAACUCAAUCCGACGCCAAUCUUUUCGUAUAGCAAUCAGUACGACUCG